CGUGAUACUGUAUCCAUCCAAGGAACAAAAUGGCGGCUGUGAGACAAAAUAUUUAGGUUGUGGUUACUAAAAAGUGCAGGAAAGGCUAGGAAAUGUCGUCCGGACAGUCCGUGCUGAAGCAGCUCCAUCCGCUCAUCAGACCGUACGCCGAGACAGUCCUGAGGAAGGGGAAUGUUGGCGUCUGUAUGGGCAAUCUUCGUAUCAGCGAUGUAAAAUCUGGGAGACCUACUCUGACUCAGACUAAGGAGCCGUGUGGAGAUAGGUUCAAGAUCUACAUACCCUUUGCUGGGGACUCAUUGAAGUGGGAGGUGAUAUUUGACAGCUGCCAGCCGUCCAACCCUCCAGACUUCAUCUUCUUGGGAGAGAAUGGCAACUUUGAUCCUGACAUUGAAAAACUGGAGAACCUGACCCAUUGGGACCCUAAGAACCCUGAGUCCCUGGUGUUGGCUAUAGAAGACUUGAUGAGGGAGUACCGGUGCUACCAGAAACAGCUGAUAGAAGGUUACAGCAGACUACAGUUUGAGUACUCCAGUCUACAGGGGAUGGAGGCAUGUGAUGAUGUAGAGGUGCACAUGGGGAACAGGCUACCUGGGACACUGGACUCUCCAGUUAACUUCCUCAUCAGACUACCAAUUGACCUUUCACCCAUUCCACAGUAUUUGGUCAAGGAUGACCCAGGAGAAGACCUUGCAGUGUUACUCGCCAAAUUUCACAACUCAGAAGGCUCCAGAGUCACACCUCAGCUCUUUCUGUCACCAAAAGUCGAACAUGCACUAGGAGACAACACUGCCUUGAGGAUCCCCAGGUUCCCUACAGGAGGUUGUCUGAUGGACUAUGUCCCACAGGUGCAAGAUUUCCUACAAAAGCAGAUUGACCAUAUUGUAGAAGGCUACCAGAGAAGGAGAGAGUAUGUGGCUGCAUUCAUCAGCAGAUUUGGAGGGUCAGUACUAGAGUAUGAUGCGGAGUCCUUCACUAAGCUGUCUCUGGUGCUGGAAUGGAACGAAUUCUUCUUUGUACUUCACAUUGAGCUCCCCUCCAGGUUUCCCCAGGAUAUGCCAGUCUUCACCUUCCAGUCCUGCUACCACCUGUCCAAGACUAACGGAGAGCCCUACGUCUCUGUCCAGAAGAGCUACCCUUACAGCCCCCGCUGGACUGGUGAGGAGAUGGCACACAGGGCAAAACUGUUCAUCCUGGACUUCAUACCGCAGUUCAAGAAGGUGUCUGUGUCAUCCAACAAACUGUAGUGAGAGACCUUUCAACUGGAGGGAGGGACUGAACCAAUACAGCAGUCUUCCAUCAGCUAACAUUAACUUAUUGCAUGCACAGACUGUGUUUGUGCCCUAUCAAGGGGGUCUUGCCUAGCCUGGGUACCAUCCAGAAAGUAGUUCGCUCCGGCGUUCAUUAUAUACUACAGUAUAUACAGUCGCUUCUAGCUCUGACAUUCAUCGUUAUACACUAUAUACAUUGCUUCUCUACUGUUCCAUCUGGGAUCCCAGACCAAGUUAAUGUCUGGAAUCAUCCAAAUUUUGGAUGCAGGUGCUGAUUGGUCCCUACACAUGAGCAAAUUAUGGAAUGGGUUCAAGCGAUCGUUCGAACAGGCGUUCCAACACCAGACAAGCCCUCCGUCUGCUUGUUGUCAUUGAACGAGUGCUCUAGAACCCAUUCCUAAAUUUGCUCAUCAGCUGCCGUUAGCACCAAAUGGUUUGAAUGAGCAAGUCUCCAGAUGGAUAGCAGAAGCGAACAUAGGAGCAAACUACUAUCCGAAUGGUACCCAGGCUGGGUCUUGCCCACAUUCUAAAAAGAGGUUCAGUUAACAUUCUAAAAAGUGGUGCAGUCGAAAAUUGUAUUUGUUUUUCAUAACACAAGUUUAUUUUCAUGUGAUUUUGACAGUUCAGUUAUUUUUGUUUUUAACCUCUAGCACCCUAUGGAUGCUUGCGUCAGCUAAAUUUAUUAUGGUACGCUGGUUAGCUGGCAAAAAACUGAAAUGACAUCAUACAUGUAAAUACAACAGACUUGGCUUUUAAUAAUGGUAAUGCUCAAGAUGUUGUUGUUCUUCAUUUUAUUACCACUCGAAGACGAUAGAUAAUAAAAGGAAUCUUCAAGUAUAAGUA